AUGAAGAGGAGCGGCACCCUCCUGCUAGCAGCUCUCACUGUGCUCUGCACCUGCGGGCUGGUCACAGGGGAGGACAGCGAAGAGCUUUUAAUGGACUUCCUGCAAACGCUGCUGGUGGGGUCCACAGAGGAGCUCUAUGAGGGGCCCCUCAGCAAGUACAACAUCAAUGCAGAUGCCAAGGCAGCAAUAGCCGAGCUCAAGUCCUGCAUAGACGGCCUGCAGCCCAUGCACAAGGCGGAGCUGGUCAAGCUGCUGGUGCAAGUGUUGGGCAGUCAGGACGAUGCCUAG